GCGUAUCGCGGUAAAAUGAGCGCGCUGGACUCUGAGAUGGAAGCGUAUGGGUUUGCGACGGAUCUCAUCAUCGUGCUCAACAUCAAGACCAGCGACAAGUGGAACAUGCAGUCUGAAGACAUGGGACGCUUUGUUGACGGUCUGACUGCACUUGCUGCACUGGAAUGCGACGAACGAGGUAGUCAAAUUCGGCGAAUGCUGCUUGCACAAGGCCCGACCGCCGUUCAAAACGUCGUGGACGCACUCAGUUGUCGUGAAGUAUUGCUCAAGUGCAAAGGUGCAAGCGCACUAGGGUCGAUUUGCAUGUGUCCAUCUGCCGCAGCAAACUUGAUGGAGCGGCAUGGACCAUCGAUCGUCAAGGCGUUGCUUCGCAUGAUCCAAAUCAAGAGUCGGUGGGCACAAGGCGACGCAUGCUUUGUGCUGGGCUGGAUAGUUCGUUGGAGCUCGUCUUCGGAUAAGUAUUUGAUCCAGAUUGCCGAACAAGUCCCAAGAGUGUGCGAUGCCCUCUCGUCAACCUUCUCUACGACCAACGUUGCACGAACAUGCCAAGACCCAGCCGACGACCAAGAUCGCGAAUCAAACUUGCGCAUCUACCCGUUGGUGCUGCUGCUACAUCUUUCCCAGCGCGUCCCAGAUUCAAGCACCAUAGCCCAACCCAUUUUGCAAGCGCUGAACGAGGUAUUCCAUGCCUUAGUGGAUGACAUUGCAAUGGACGAACGAUCGACCAUCGCCCAACUCGCAGUGUCGAUGCUCUGGACAUUGACGCACAGAUAUCCAGACUCGAGUCGCGUCGUUCUCGAGCUCAGGAUGGUACCUGUUCUAGCCAAGCUCACAACACUAUCCUUCGACUGCCCUGAAGUCGCUCAACAAAUCCGGGUUAUCCUGGCAGCAGUCGUUCAAGCAAAUCGAUGAUGGUGUCGAAUAAACAUGUUUCGCAA